GUAAUCUGGCCUCCAGAUCGGGAACGUGCCAACAUUUUGCUCUUACUUAACGCGACCGGGGCCCAGGCCGAGUUGCUGUUUUGUCGAGUUGCUCUUAGCGGAAGAGGUCUAGUCAUGUUUGGAGCGCGCGUGUCGUUUUUGCGGUUUAUCAGCGCAGAUUUGAACCGAGAUACAGCUCGCUCCGCGCCGUCCGGCCAGCACACGGCUGACGGUCCUCUUCGCACGGAUCAUCGCUGCAGUUGUGCGGCUUUUUAGCGCAACGUGGUCGACUGAUCGGCUCGGCGAUAUUUUCGCCAGAAAGGACAAAAAGCGUUCGAACUUCGCCGGAGUUCGGGGGCGCUGUGCGUAAAAAAACAAACAAAAAAACAAAACAGGGAAAACAGCGGCGGAUAGCGCAGCGAAAAGAAGGAUGAGGGACAUCUGGAUCCAACUUCUGUGACUGAAACCCUUUGCCGGGUUGAAAGCUCCGUCCCGUGUAAUGGAGAAAUCUGCGUUUUAAAUGUUCUUUUCGCUCGCUGUGAAACGUUUUGAACUCUCCGGCGUAAGAACAGGCUCGACCUUGCUCUGAUAUGGGAGACGAGCGUCUGUCAACUUGACGAAGCCAGUAGAAAAAUGGAGAUGGGGAGCUCUGCUUUGACCUCACUACUACUGGCAGUGGCCCUGUUCUGCAACUCUGCUGCCUGUGCAGACCAGAGAAAUGAGGGCAAGUUGCUGUGCACAUGCAAGAAUAACAAAGGGACGUGUGUGAACGGCACUUGCAGAGGAGAUGUUUGCUUCUACAACAAGGUGCACGACCGCGAGGAGAGGGGUUGCUUCUUCAUGGACAACCGCAAGGAGAAUUGCUACACCUCCUUUGAACACUUCUAUAUCCACUGCUGCCAAGAGGAUCACUGUAAUGCCGACAUCACACGGCCUCCAAAGAUAGCUGGAACCCCUGAACCUCCAAAGAAGAGUUUUGUAUUGUGGAUUGCGGUUCCUCUGCUACUGCUGCUGAUUGUGGUUGUGUCGGGGUGUGGCCUGCUGCUGUGGCUACGCUCCCGACAGACACACUGCAAACUGAGCAACGUUGAGGACCAUGAUGUCAACCUGCUCAAGGUUCCUGGAGGAGAUGACCCCACAUACGGGAACCUUUUUGAGGAGUUUUGCACUUCAGGCAGUGGGACAGGGCUGCCCUAUCUGGUCCAAAGGACUAUGGCCAGACAGAUCUCACUGGUUGAAUGCGUCGGUAAGGGCAGAUAUGGUGAGGUUUGGAGGGGGACUUGGAUGGGGGAGAGUGUGGCAGUGAAAAUCUUCUCCUCUAGGGAUGAGCAAUCCUGGUUUCGAGAGACCGAGAUCUACAACACUGUCCAGCUCCGACAUGACAACAUCCUGGGUUUCAUUGCCUCAGACAUGACGUCUAAGAACUCCAGUACCCAGCUGUGGCUCAUCACCCAUUUUCAUGAGCUGGGCUCCCUCUAUGACUUCCUGCAGUACAGCAGCUUGGACCCUGACAGCUGCCUCAGGAUGUGCCUCUCUGUGGCUUGUGGCCUGGUCCACCUUCACACUGAGAUUCACAGCUCCCAAGGCAAACCAGCUAUUGCUCACCGAGACCUAAAAAGCCGAAAUAUCUUGGUUAAGAGGAACGGGCAGUGCUGCAUUGCUGACCUGGGUUUGGCUGUAAUACACUCUCAGUCCAAUGACUACCUGGAUGUGGGGGACAAUCCCCGUGUGGGCACCAAGCGCUACAUGGCCCCAGAGGUGCUGGAUGAGAGUAUUCGUAUGGACAUCUUUGAGUCCUACAAACAGACCGACAUCUGGGCCUUGGGCCUGGUCUUCUGGGAAAUCACCCGCCGAACUGUCAUCAACGGGAUAGUGGAGGAGUACCGUCCUCCCUUCUUUGACAUGGUGCCCUCAGACCCCAGCUUUGAUGAGAUGAGGAAGGUGGUGUGUGUUGACCAGCAGAGACCCAGCCUACACAACCGACUGCACUCCCACCCGAUCCUCUCCGCCAUUGUGAAGAUCAUGAAGGAGUGUUGGUUCCAGAAUCCCCCGGCCCGCCUCACAGCCCUUCGGGUGAGGAAGACGCUCUCUAAACUGGACCACGACAAUGACCACAGCAUAGAAAAACUCAAACAGGACCUCUAGACAAGAGCACUGGACUCAAACAAGAACACGAGACCAACGUUUAAAAAAAGAUGUUCUACUAUUUUUCCUUCAGCACUAUGUGCAUGUUAUUACCAUAUAUUUGAGUUAGUGACUCAUACAGUCACUGCAUUCUAUUAAAACAUAUGGCUUUCAGUAGUGGUGUCUAGACAGUCUAGCCCCUGAGGCUACUCUGUUUGCCUAGCCUACUUUUCAUCUGCCAUAUUUUUCAAGACAAGAGGCCAUGGAAAGGAACUGCUAUCACUUGGAAUCCGUCGAAGUUUUCCUCCUCUUUGUUUUUUUGUUCAUCUGCCAAGAAUUUUGGACAGGACCAUCAUGGACCAGAACAAACAUCAAAGCUCAGUUAUUGAGACUAUUUAUCUACAUACACAACAAUUUAUCUGCAAUCUUGUGAAUCUGGACAUUUAAGUAUGAACUUAAAGGAGGAGCGCUUCAUUCAUCCUCUUAUGAAUGGAGGAGUGGAGGAUCAUAUCUCUGAAAAGAAAGCCAAGCUGAUAGCAUAAAAAGCAUCCCUCAUUAUGGGUACCCUCAUAAUGAAUGGUGCCUCAAGGCAAUGAAAUAAAAGAGAAACAUUAAACUUAUCACCCACCCACACCAGUGUAAACACUGUGUGCUCUUUUUGGUGCAAACUGGACAUUUAUGGCAAUCUCACCAAGGAGCCUAAAACAACAGUGACGUUAUGGAGUCCAAAAUCUGGAUCAGGUUUAAUAUAAUUGCAAUAAGACAUUUUUUUUCCAAAUGGGUAUUUUCUAAUGUUAAUUUUUUAAUUAUACUGUCCAUUUCCUUGUAUCAAAAUGUUAUAUAUGGUUCAUUUUUUAUACUUUUAUACGCCACAGAAUCACUAUCAACAUUGUUAUGGUCAAUUACACAAUCAUCAAAUAGUAAAUACGUAACGCGUUAUAUUGUAUAUAUUAAAUAAAAGAUUGUAUUUCUCAAGCAAUGUACUGAGCAGUAUUAGAUGGAGUAGUACACAUGCUGUAAGACGUGCUGCUCGUGUGCACUUUCCUCUUUGACCAGUGGAGGUCACAAGAUAAUAGCUAAUGCAUUUGUGAACAGCAGUUCGCCUCAUCUUCGGGGACUCAAAACAUCAUUAUUGUGUUUUUAUAAAUGAUACAUGAUGUUUUCAUUGUGACAAUCAGACUAUUGACCAUCCACGAAGCCUUUCAUUGAAUGAUGGUGGUAGUAGCAGAGAAUUGAUCAUAUUUCACACAGCUUAUUUUGUUCACGUACAGACAAGAAAUGUAGAUGACACUUGACAUGUAAUUCAUUAUAUCCAUGUCUUUUCUCCCAAGACAAUCACACAGUGGCAAACGGGAAUAAAAAGCAACAAGUUAGAUGAAA